UUCGUUUUGGCAAAUUCACAGAACCCGAAAGGACCAGGAAUAAAGGGCGAAUCGUUCUUCGACCCAAUUGCUUAUCUCCUCCGAUUUGCCGGGAUUCCGACGACCCAGUUGCGCCGGGGACCCUUUUCAGCAGAAAGGGUGGAAGAAGGGGAUGAAGAUCUUGGGGAGGCCGGGGACAGUGAGCGGGCUGAUGAUGAGGACGGGGCAGUUCGGUUUCGCUGCCGCUUCCAUCUCCGCCAUGCUCAGCAGCGGGGACACCUCCAAGUUCACAGCUUUUAGCUAUUUGGUUGCAUCGAUGGGAUUUCAAGUCUUAUAUAGCUUUGCACUUGCGUGCCUCGAUGCCUAUGCUCUGAAGAAAAACAGGGACUUGCAAAAUCCAGUUUCUGUGAGCUUCUUUGCCAUUGGAGACUGGGUGACAUCAAUGCUAUCACUAGCAGCAGCGUGCUCAUCAGCAGGAAUUAUAGUCCUCUAUUUGCAUGACUUUGAGCUCUGCAAUCGAUCUCAUCUCCCAUGUCUAAUGUAUGAAAUCUCGGUCAUUUUCGCAUUCAUUGCAUGGGGUCUCCUCUUCAUGUCUUUUCAAGUAAUGUUGUGGAUCUUGGCCUCAUUUUCUAACAAUCCACAUCUUUGAUACACUGCCUGUUGGAUUGGAGUGACUGUACAAAGUCUUGAUGCCUCUGGUUGUCAUGUAAAUGCAGUUGCUCCCUUUUGAGUGGUAUCGUAUCAUCAUGAUUCCAUAUUCCUUCAAUGUUUCGAUACAGCUUUCUGGUGUAUGUUAAUGAACUUUCCCGCUUUUAGGAUUUUAGAUAAAGUUUAAUCUAUCCUUUUAUCACACGUGAGUUGGA